UAGAUUUGACUAGUCUCCGCACUUCUCCUCAUCAUCGCAGCUCACCAGCUGACGCAGUGUCAAAGGCAAGGCCAAUUCAAAACCGAAACGCAACAGAACGAGAUAACUGAUCGCGAUCGUUUCAUUUCAUUGUCGCAAAAGCAAUCAAAUCCAGAUUCUUACAGGUUAUACGGAUCCCCUUUGAUUUUGAGCGUUGCGAGAAGAGUUAAAGAAAAAUGGAUAGGUUGAAAUUGGCUCAAUUGGGAGAGAGAUUGAAGACGGGCGGGGCCCAAAUGGGUCGAUUGGUUAGCGGUAAAGUGAAGGAGAUUCUGCAAACUCCAACACCCGAGUCGAAGAUGGUGGACGAGGCGACGUUGGAGACACUAGAGGCCCCCAACUGGGGUAUGAAUUUGAGAAUAUGUGCUCUGAUCAAUAGUGAAGAGUUCUCUGGGUCUGAGAUUGUUAGGGCUAUAAAGAAGAAGAUUUCGGGAAAGAGUCCUGUGAGUCAGAAACUGAGUUUAGAUUUACUGGAGGCUUGUACUAUGAACUGUGAGAAGGUUUUCUCAGAGGUGGCAUCUGAGAAGGUGUUGGAUGAUAUGGUGAGGAUGAUUGAUAAUCCGCAGACAGAUCCGGAAAACAGAGAAAGGGCGUUGCAGUUGAUUAGAGCUUGGGGAGAGAGUGAAGAUCUUGGGUACAUGCCGGUGUUUCAACAAACUUAUAUGAACUUGCAAACAAGAAGUGUGCCGCCGCCUCCAACAGAAGAUGGGACUGCACUCCACGUGCCAUAUUCCUUGGAGUCAUAUAUUCAUCAACAGCCUCUGACUCCUGAAAGGUAUCCUCCUCAGGGAGGAUUGCAUGGUGUAGAUGGUACCGGCCUUCCCUAUAACUAUGGGAGCCUUUCAAUUGAAGAGAAAAAGGAGCUUCUUCUAGUGACUCGUAACAGCCUUGAACUGCUUUCUAGCAUCUUGAAUACUGAGGCAGAGCCUGUGGCCCUAAAGGAGGAUCUGACAUUGAGCUUACUAGAGAAGUGCAAGGAGUCACAGCCAGCCGUUCAAAGAAUUGUAGAAACUAUAACCGAUGAUGAGGCCAUGCUCUUCGAGGCCCUAAAUCUUCACGAGGAGCUUCAGCAAGUCAUCAGUAGAUACGAGGACCUGGAAAAAGCCCUAAAUUCUGGUGGACAACAUUCUGAGAGCUCUGAUAACACUGAAGCCAACUCCCCCGUAGACUCUGGAAGUCAAAGUGAAACCAAGGAGGUCGAAUCCCAUGAUAAAGCAAAGGCAGAAAAUCCCCUAGGAGGUGAUACUAUUGAAUCCGGCAGUGGUAAGCUUGGUAAUGAAACAAAUGUGGUCAAAUUCCAUGAUAAAGCCAAGGAAGAAAACUCCCUAGGAGCUGAUACUAAUGAAUCCGGCAACGGUAAGCUCGGUAAUGAAUCCAGCAGUGGUAAAAGCAAUGUAGAGAAGGUGGAGCAAGUUGGCCUGUUUUGAAGGAGUAUGUAGUUGAGGCUCAUAUGUGCACUUCUCAACCUUCUCUCGUUGUCUAUUUGCUAGUAGUUCCAUUGUUCUUUUCCCUUUUUUGUUGUUGUUGUUGUUGUUGUUGCUUUUGUUAUGCUUUGAUAUUUUGAUGUACGGGUACAUUUUAAUAAUCAGGUUAUUGCUGACACUAUUGUAUAGUCUUAUAUGCCAUUAUCAUCA